AGCCAUUAUACUUGUUCAGAAGGGCUGUAACUGUCCAACAGCAGGGGAGGGAAGGAACGAGAGAAAAGAAGGGAGUGACAGAAGCCGGGGGAAGAGGGGGGCUAAUUCAGCCUACGAGAGCAAGGAGGAGUGGAGCGGUUAGUGCAUGGAGUAGGGAACUUGCUGCCUGUGGGAAAGUAAACAGCACAGGGUAUUUGCCGCCCUCUCAGAGGCCUCAGUCCGGCAGCAGCGGAUAAACGGAGGAUGAGGAUGUGUUCAAGGAGGCAGCUGAUUUCAUAGCAGGAAGUGCAUGGGAGGUUGUUGGGAUUAAAGUCCCUCUUGGGAGGUGCUGAAGCUUUCCUGUGGAAGUACUACUGAGGACAAAAAGAGCCUAUGUCCACAGCUCACCAGUACCUGGAAAAGGAUGUGGAGGAAGAAGAGCAGAAAGAAAAAUUCAAUUUUGAGGAGAUCAGCAAACAGAAGUGCAAAACUACCUCUGGAGAUGAAACGGCAAAAUGCAAUGUAUCAACUACCAACAAAAGAGACCAAGCUUCCACAGUCUCUGCUGCACCAGAGGACUUAAAUGAAAAGGAAGACCAGACUUGCACUGAGGUGAAGACCGAGAGGGAAACAGGCACUGUUAAAACUGACACAGGAACACAGGAUAUCAGACCAAGCCCAGCACAAAAUGCUGAAGGUGAGACCUCUGCUGAUUCAGAACACCAGACGGCUGGUCCGGAGGUGAUCUAUGAUGAUGUACCCUGUGAAGAAGAUCUGUCUUCAGGAGAAGCUGACUUGAUCUAUGAGGACAUUCAGAAAGAGGAGGGCUUGCAAGGGCCCAAUAAUGGCUGGAGCUCAAGUGAGUUUGAAAGCUAUGAUGAGCAGUCCGACUCUGACAGGGCGCCAACCCGCAGCAAGCUCUCCCCUGAUGUUCGACGACUGAGAGAACGUUACACCAGGACCAAACAGGAGCUAGCCAUGAGACUGGGGGGCAGACAUCAGGUCCAUCAGCUGAUGCGGGCGGCACGUAGCGGAACGAAAGAUGGCCUAGAGAAGACCAAAAUCGCUGUGAUGAGGAGAGUUUCAUUCCUACAUAAAAAGGACCACUCAGAUGACACUGAGGAUGAUACAGGGUAUCUGGAUGUGAUGGUAUCAGAGGCAAAACACCCACCUGCACAACUGGGACCAAUGCCAGAUGGGCUUAGCAGCCUGCAGAUCGUCCGACGCCAUGUUUUGGGCUCCAUUGUGCAGAGUGAGAGGAGUUACCUGGACUCUCUUAAACGGAUCCUACAGGAAUACCAGCGACCUCUGAUGGAGGCUGAGCCUCGGAUCCUCAGUGUCAGGAAAAUCCGGCCCAUUUUUUUCCGUCUGCGGGAGAUCAUGCAGUGCCACUCCAUGUUCCAGAUUGCCCUGGCAUCUCGGGUGGCCGAAUGGGACUCUUGUGAAAAGAUUGGGGACCUGUUUGUAGCUUCAUUCUCGAAAUCCAUGGUGCUGGACAUAUAUAGUGAUUACAUCAAUAAUUUCACCAAUGCCAUGGCCCUCAUUAAGAAAGCCUGCAUGUCUAAACCAGCAUUUCUGGAGUUUCUCAAGAAGAAGCAGGCAUCCAGCAUUGACCGCAUAACUCUCUAUGGUCUGAUGGUAAAGCCUAUUCAGCGUUUUCCUCAGUUCAUCCUCCUCCUGCAGGAUAUGCUGAAGAACACUCCCACUGGCCAUGUGGACAGGCUGCCCUUGCAAUUGGCUCUGACUGAAUUGGAGACCCUUGCUGAGAAACUCAAUGAGCAGAAAAGGGUGGCUGAUCAGAUCACUGAGACACAGCAGCUGGCUUGCUGUGUCAGUGACCGCUCUCUCAGCAAGCUGCUGAACUCCGAGCAGAGCUCUUUGAUCCUUUGCGAGACGUUGAUUGAGAUGGUGUACGGCGAAAGAGGACAGGUCCUCAAGUCUAAGGAGCGAAAAGUCUUUCUAUUCGGUGACAUGCUCAUCUGUGCCAACAUCAACAUCAAGGGCCCCCCUGACAUCAGCAGUCUGGUUCCAGUAGGUCCCAAGUACACCCUGAAGUGGAGCGACACAUUGCAGCAGGUCCAGGUAGUUGAAGUGGGUCAAGAGGGCUCCCAGACCAAGGACACUCUCUAUCAGCUCAGAGGCGUCAAGCGCUCAGGCGGCUCUUCGGGAUCGGGAAGUGUCUUUCUGGGUCCGUCCCGUCUGUAUCAGGAACUGCAGGAGUUGCAGCAUGACCUCUCAGUGGUAGAGCAGGUCACUCUGCUUGUGGGGACUUUACAGGGAACGUACCAGAAUCUGAACACCACUGUUGCACAGGACUGGUGUUUGGCACUGCAAAGGCUGAUCCGCAUCAAGGAGGACCAAAUUCAGAGCGCCAACAAGUGCCGUUUACGAUUGCAAGUCCCUGGCAGACCAGACAAGUCUGGUCGUCCUGUGAGCUUCACGGUGGUCUUCAACACACCAAGCCCCAUCAGCAAGAUCUCCUGGGUCAACCGGUUACACUUAGCAAAAAUAGCACUGAGAGACGAAAAUACACCGGGUUGGUUCUCUGCAGAGGAUGAUGGGAAGACAAAAGCUCCGUUUUGGUGUCCACUGCUGGCCUGUCGCAUGCCUGCCUUCACCUCCAGCCAAAGCCAGGAAUGUAAGCUGGAGGCUGCGCUUCACAAUCCUGUUCAAUGUGCUUUACUUGGUUUCUCAGCGGCGAGUACUUCACUUCCUCAAGGCUACCUCUGGGUAGCCGGUGGAGGUGAUUCCACUCAAGGCCAGGUGGACAUCUUCUCCUUGAACAGACCCACACCUCGGCCUGUAAAAUCCCUCCAGAUGGGAGCUCGAGUGAGGUGUUUGGAGUAUGUGCCUGAGCCCACCCCUUCAGAGGACAACAAAACCAGCCCUCACAGCUCCAUGGGAGUUGGAAAUACUAUUUGUGUGGGACUUGAUGAUGGCAGCAUUCUGGUCUAUGGCAGUAUGGACACAGCCGCCCAAUGUCUUGUGACUCUCCGUAACCCCGAGGGCUGUCCAGUUCUGUGUCUCAAACAUUCCGGGAACUUCCUGUUCGCUGGCCUGCGGGAUGGAACGCUGAUGGUGUACGAGAGACAUCACGGAGGGGAACUGUGGAACCAGGACUCCUGUAGGAAAGUAACAGUUGGCUCAGAUCCCAUCAGGACACUACUUGCCUUGGAGGACUCGGUCUGGGCUAGCUGUGCUAACACAGUAAUUGUAGUUGACGGCUCCAGUUUGUCCACUCAGAGAUUUGAGGUCCAUCAGGACCCGAUGGUGAGCGUGGCCCAUAUGGUACGAGCUGGGGGGGGCGUAUGGAUGGCUUUUUCAGAAGGUUCCUCUAUACGCUUGUUCCAUACGGAAACACUGGAGCACCUGCAGGAGAUCAACAUAUCUACACCCUCAUCGUUUUACAACCCCAAAGGUCAGAAGAGCAUGAGAGUUACCAGCCUGCUGAUUUGCCAGGGGCUGCUGUGGGUGGGAACUGCCCAGGGCAUUAUCAUCACCUUGCCUGUGCCCAAGUUGGAGGGCAUCCCCAAAAUUACAGGUAAGGGGAUGUCAUCUCUUAAUGCACACUGCGGGCCUGUGGAUUUCUUAGUUGCCCUUUCCAGCAGUUUGUCUCCUGAUCUUCUGAAGCGGGAUUCUCUGGUGGAAGGGCAUGACUCGGCCUGUGGAGUGGAGGACCGCAGUGACUCGUCCUCUCAGGAAUCGCUCCAGCAGCCCAGUAUUUCCGCCCAAGUGGAUGGUAAAGGGAAGGGGAGGAGUGGGGUGUUGCUACAGUACCGCCUCCGCUCAACCUCAGGUUUGCCCGGGCGACCAUUAACAGCGAGAGGGGACGAAGCCUCGGACUCGUCUUUAGAAUCUUUGGAGCACAGCAUGGAAGACGGCUCCAUAUACGAACUCAGCGAUGAUCCAGACAUGUGGGUCAGGGGACGACCCUACGAGAGGGACAGGGUGAGGAGGGAUAGGGUUACCUCAGUAGCAGUCAUCUCGGGCGGGAAGGGCUUCCGCCGACUGAGGGAGGGUUCUGUGGCGACCACCGCAGAAACCACACUUAUGAUCUGGCAGCUUCCUCUCAGGAUUUGAGCUGAAAUUGUGUUUAAGGAAUUGUGAAAUGAAAAUUGACAAUUUACAUACUGUAUGUCAUUUCAAACCUGAAUGACUUUCUUUUGAAUGAAUGUACUGGUCACUCUUUUCAGCGCUGUUACAAUGAAUGAAAGCUUCAAAAAAGAUACAAAAGUUGUCAUAAAAGUGGCUCAUCCUCCCAUGUUACCAUCAUACAGUGAUGAACAGUCCUUUUAAAAUGUAAGGGGUUAUUUCUCUGAUAAUUUUCCUCUCUUGAGAACCAAUUCAUGAACAAAUCAUCCAGACCAAUUUUGUAAGCUCAACUAAUUCAUUGAAAAGAUCUGACUCGAGUCAUUUUACAAUUCAGACAUCACUAGGGUAAUACAAAAAAAUAAUAAAUUCUUUACACAAAGCUAUCGGCGCACCACUUUUAUGGUGUUUUUUGUCAUUUUGGAGCCUGAAAGCUCUAGUCCUCAAUUUUAUUAUACAGAAGAAUGGUGACCAGGAUAUUUGAAAGAAACAAAGUAAUAUGGGUUUGGAAUGACGUGAGGAUAAGUAAAUUACAGAAUUUUCAUUUCAGAGUGAACUUUCCCUUUUCGCUGGGCAUGUGUGGUACAAAAUGUGAGGCUCUUCUUUCCCAGAAAAAAAUGUCUUCUAUAUUAAAUGACCUUGCGAUCUUGAGAAAUCCAGGUCUUCCAAUAAGAAUAUUCCAUAACUAAUAGACUCAGAGUAAUAAGUUCGCAGUUAAUUCAGCCUCUGUCACUCAUUCCUGUACAGUACACUCUUAAAAAUAAAGGUGCUUCACAAUGCCAUAGAAGAACCUUUUU